GGAGCCGCAGUAGCUCCUCUCAUGUUUAUCUCUGCUCUGAAGCUUGGCUGUUCCGCUACGAAGACACAAUCUUCUCUAAGAAGAUAAACCACGUCUGGUUAGGUACUGUUAUAGCAAAUGACAUGCAAAUACGCGUAACGCGUCUUGUGUUAGAUUAUAGCCUGUCGUAGUUAUAAUCAAAGGCUUGUGUUUGCAUUUUGUCCAACUGAAUCGGACAAGUGUUCAUUCAUUUUAUUCACUUCAGAGGAUCGGCUUCAAAGACACGCAGUUAAAUCAGUGUUCAUGCCGGACUUUGAGCAUUUCAGAUUUUCCUACUCCAGAAUGAAUCCUGUAUUGGGGGAGAACGUGUAUCCGUUCCAGCAGAACCAGGUGACGGGCUUCGCGGACUCUGCGUCUUCGGGCCACUGGACCGAUCCAGCGGGCCUGUUCUUAAGCGAGCACACGAGUGGCAUCGGGCAAGAUGGACUGGAUUUAGGGGCUUUACCUCCUCCGGGAACACCGUAUCUGCACCUGGGUAACUAUCUGCACCGGGUGUCUCCACCUCCUCCCGCCGCCGCGGCCCUCCGUAACGACCUGGGGUCCAACAUCAGCGUCCUCAAAACUCUAAAUUUGCGCUUCCGCUGCUUUUUAGCCAAAGUACAUGAACUGGAACGUAGGAAUAAAGUAUUGGAAAAGCAACUGCAACAGGCAUUGGAUGAGAGCGCGGAGUGUGUGGAAAAUAAGAAGCCAUUAACGCGAGAUGUUGGAGUGCAAACCGGCUUCGUUGGAUUGAUUCCUGUCAGGCCCGACUUGAUACCCCUCCAGAACGCGAACGACACCGCGUAUCUGUCCGGAGCCUUGCUGUCACCGACUCUCUAUAACACCAUUCUCCCUCUCGAGUCCAGUAAUAGGACACCAGUAGAAAGCCUGAACCCAUCCAAUCUGACGGACUCUAACUCUAAUCUUACUCCAAAUUUCCCCAUCAGCCCGAUUGAUCCUGCUCCAAAAACUUUCAGCAAUAUUAACGGGAAGUAUGUCAAUACCGGUAUUGGCUGUACCAGCAACCUUCCACCCAGAUUUCAUCCUGGCACUGUGUGGUCGUACAAUCCGAGGUUCAGCAGCGGGCGCGAGACGCGGGUCUCGGGGUCAGGUGGGUUGUCAUGGGUGCCUCCAAAAGGAGUAGGUGUCCAGAUCGACACUAUCACCCCAGAGAUUCGGGCCCUGUACAAUGUGCUGGCCAAGGUAAAGAGGGAGAGGGACGAAUACAAACGGAGAUGGGAAGAUGAAUACACGAUGCGAGUGGAUCUACAGGAGAAGGUUGCAGAGCUUGAAGAGGACCUGCAGGAAAGUGAGGUGUGUCAGGAUGAACUUACUCUGAGGGUUAAGCAGCUUAAAGCAGAGCUGGUUCUGUUCAAAGGCCUCAUGAGCAAUAAUCACUCUGAUUUGGACAGUAAAAUCCAGGAGAAGGCCAUGAAAGUGGACAUGGAUAUCUGUCGCAGGAUUGACAUCACGGCCCGACUGUGUGAUGUAGCCCAACAGAGAAAUUGCGAAGACAUGAUUCAAAUCUUCCAGCAAGUAGCCACACCUCCAUCAACCUUGAGCCGCCGUCCACGAAAACAAGCGUCCCAGACAUUCAGGGGGAACGAGAGUGAUGAACCAGUAAGCAUCUCUGAAAGUGAGGAGAGCGGGAAUAAGGAGAUCAAUGAGGAGAUGCAGAGGAUGCUUAACCAAUUGCGUGAAUGUGAGUUUGACGAUGACUGCGACAGUCUUGCGUGGGAAGAGACGGAGGAAACUCUGUUACUCUGGGAAGAUUUUCCAGGAUGCACCUUCAGUGUUGAGAACCAAGGAGAGCAGGAGGAGUCCAUUGAGAAAGUGAUAAAGGACACAGAGUGCCUUUUCAAGUCCCGUGAACAGGAAUAUCAAGACACCAUUGACCAAAUUGAGUUGGAGUUGGCAACUGCUAAGUCGGAUAUGAACAGGCAUUUGCAUGAGUAUAUGGAGAUGUGCAGCAUGAAAAGAGGCCUGGAUGUUCAGAUGGAGACCUGCAGACGAUUAAUCACUCAGAGUGGAGACAGAAAAUCCCCUCUUCUCAUUUCGGUUGCUGUGGAGGAGGGAGAGAAUGCGGAGAAGGAGAGGAAAAAAGCAACUGCGGCAAACUCUGACAGCACUGAACCGUAUUGUGACAUGCAGAUGAACUCCGCUGUCCCGGACCACACAUGGAAAAAGGCUUAAGAGCAUUAAUGUCCCUCCAGCACCACAGAAAUAGCUGCAAUUAUAAACAUGGUAGUGAUAAUUUCUUAAAAGAGACUGUGAUGCUGCAGCAAGACUACACAGUAAACGGGUUAUAGUUUCCUUCUGAAAGGCAAGUAACCUUGUGUAGUUUCACUAGUGCCCUCUAUUGGAAUGCACCAUUAAUGGUCCCCCCAAAAAAAGAAAAAAUCCACUUCCAGCAUGUAGCGCCAUAUUAAUUCUGGCCAAAAAUAUGAGGACGGAUGUGACUUCACUCUUUCUACAUCAUGUAAUUUUAUUUACAGUUUAUUUGUAUGCAGAUAAACACCAGGGUCAUUUGUGUUAUGUAGUACCGUUUGAACUGUAAUUUGUCAUUUAAGGAAGAUAUUUAAAUGAGUACUUCUAGUAAAACUUCACUUAAUUUUUUUACUUAACUGAACUUUAUUAUUUACUCAGUGUCAAGAAAAUUAACAAGAUACAGAGCUGAAAUGAAGAAUUGAGAGUUAGCUUACAUUAAAUUAUUUUUUAAUAACAAUUUUGAUUCAUUAUACCAAUUCCAACAAGAUUGAAUGUUUUAAAUAAGACAAAGCAACUAAUACAAAAAAAUCAUAGAAUACCUCAUUGCUAAUACUUUCCUAUUUUGUGCUUUUGUUUUAAAAAUGAUGUCAUUUCCUGGAGAAUGAUGUCAUAAAUUAACUGGCAAAAACAUGUUUUGUUUUCAACAUGCUGAAUGAAGAAAGACAAAGAAAAAAAUUAAGAAAUAAUUACCAUUUUAUAAUUUUAGAUGUUUUACUUAAAAUUAUAUAUGAAACUAUAUAUGAAUUUUAAUAAUUAACCUAAAAAGACAUAUAUAGUAUAGCAUUAUAUAAAUCACAAGUUCAAUAUUAUUAUAUUAUCAUAUUAUUAACUUGUUUCAAUGAAUCACAACAGUGGGUUUUUUUAACUUUGGAUGCUCAAAUAAUAAAAGCUAGUUAUUAAUUUCUGAACAAGCACUUAGCAUUUUAUGUAUCAGCUACCAGCGAUGCCAGCAAUAUGAUAAGUGAUAUUUAAAAAGGUCUGCAGUCAACAUUUUGCAGCUCUGAGUGGAGAUAAUUUUUGGACAAGUAUUUAGCGCUCAACAUGAAGUGCACACUGAAGUGUGUGGGUGUUAUAUAUUUUAUACAUUUUGUUAUAAAUUUUUUUUUUUUUGCCAGAUGACUAAUCAUUGGCCUUGAUAUUUGUGUUUCUUGGCUGAAGAUGUCUAAAUCUUUAGCGAUGUGUCAUUACGCACUGUAAACUGCCCUUGAUCGCUUAGCCUCAGCCAAUGUCUUCAGCCAUUUAGUUGCAUUAGCAUUAGUCAAAAACAGAUGCUCAAGUUAAUUUUAUUAGAUUCACUCUGUAAGGGCAAGGGUUACAAAAACAGUUAUAUCAGAAUAUCAUUCUUAAAGUGCAUCUGGCUCAAAAAAAAAAAAAAACUGAAAUGACAUAUGACAUCAGUGUAGGCCCAAAUAAAAAGCCAAAACAAAUUGGUUAGUUAGGUCAAAAAAGUCUGAGUCAUUAUGCACUUAUGCAUAAGUGAUGGCUGAACAAGUUAAGUGCUGCUAAGGGCAGUGUAUUCCACUUAUUUAUCCAUUUAUUUUGUUUCUCUUUGUUAAAUUAAUCAUUUAUUUGACUAAAGAGGGUUCCCAAUGUCAAAACAAUUUACGCUUUUAGAGUCAGAAACAGAAAGAGCAGUUAGAUUCAGUUUAAACUAAAGGAAUAUAAUAUGCAUUGACUUUAAAAACAUCCCAACAAAUCACUCAUUGACACAACUUUAUAUUCAUGAGUCUAAUUAUGUUCAUUCAUUAAUCUAAUUAUCCCCCCCCCCAUAUUUAUCAAUUUAUGAAUGCCUUACUGAUAAUUACUUGCAAAACAAACUGUAAUGGAAAAGCUCAACUAACAUAUUUGUAUAUCAAGGUGCUUGAGGAAUUUUUAAUGUUAAAUUGAUGGUUUUGAAAGUUUAUUGUAUUUAUACUUUCAGACACUUGCUGUGGCAUUUACAGGCACACGUCUGCUUUAAAACCUUCAUAAUAUUGCUAAUAAUGUCUUAACUCUUAUUAGCAGCAGCAUGUAGAUGUAAGAUAUUUCUUGUAGAUGUAAACCAUGGAAACAGUAGAGCUGCUUCUGUGAUUAUUCAGUCAUAGCCUACAGUAGAUUACCAUGCCAACUCAUGCAGCAGUGUAGCUUUGGUUACCAUAAAUGAAAGCGGGUCUGUGUGAACAGAAGUGAUAUUCAGCCAUUUAUUACAAUCUAAGGUCACAGGCUCACAUUAUCCAAAGUGGUUAAUAUUAAAAGGAGAAAUAUCAAUGGAGAAAUAUAAAUGAAAUGAAUGUUUAAAAUAAAUAUUUAUCGGUGUGCUAUGAAUAGUAUGUAAAUGAGGGACAUUUUCUAAUUGUGAGCCAACAUUAGAAAAGGGCUUCUAAACUGCUUUGAAUGUUUUCGUGCAAUUCACUACUAUUUAUUAAAAAUAUGAAUUUGUCCUGAUUCUAGAUAUCCGAUGUCUAGAUCAAUGAAACUUGUAAAGAUGGUGUCAAACAGGAAAAUGUAGAACUGUGUACAGAUAUCAAGAUGAACAAGCUGAAAAUAAAUUAUUUUAGUGAAAA